UUAUAAAAGAUUCACAAGGUAUGGGCAAAUCCAAUAAUAAUUAAGACUAACCAAAGAAAAGUAAACAAUAUCAAAAAAUCGAAUGUGAUUAAAGAAAAGUCGUACUUGAUAUGCUUUUGAAUUAAAAGCUAUCACUAUAAGAGGUAUAAAGCAUCAUAAUUUUCAUUUGUCAUCAUCUAUAUCCAUUAAAUAUAUUGUUGCUUUUUUCAAUUAAUAUAUCUCAUUAGGUAGCAAGCAAUCUGUAAUUGAAGUAUUGUACUGUACGAACAAUAUACAAGACUUAUGAAAAAGAUGGACGCAUAGGAAAAAAAGAAACUAGAAAGAAGAAGUUAAAAGUUCAAAGUAUUCUAAAAAUUAGUGUUGUAAAUCCUUUCACCAUGGAAAUCUAACCUUUAAGUGUUCAAUCCGAUAUUCAAUAGGUAUUUUUUAGAUAUUUUAUAUUUAGAUAUAUGUUGACAAACAGCCAUCGCUACUUGAUCAAAUAGCCUUAACAAACCAAUAAAAAUCACUUUUACAAACUUAAUGCUACAACUUCACUUCUUCACUUACAUCAUAAAUGAAUUAGCCCUAUUUGAUGUAUUAAUCCAUCCUUCAAAAUUUACUAAUCGCCUCCUAGUAUGUAUUUAAAUCAAUCAUUGAUUUAAAACCUCAAGGAUAAAUCAAAUAAGAAUUUGACUCGCUUUCAUAACUAUUGCCACAAUAUUCCUACACAUAAUAACCAUAUUAACAUCAGUUUUACCCAUAAUCAUAUACUUAAAUAAGAACGUGACAAUAUAAUUAUAAUGUUCAAUAUCUCUAAAAC